AUGAUCCAACUCAAGCAUACUGUAUCAAAGAGCAAGAGGCGGUUUAUCGAAAAGGACAUCAACAUCGACCUCGAUCUCAGCUACAUUGGCGAGACUGGGAAGGCCCGAAUCCUCGCGAUGGGGUUCCCCUCCGAGGGUUCCGAAUCAGUGUACCGUAAUCCCAUGUCUGAGGUCCAGCGUUUUCUUGAGCUGCGGCACAAGGGUCACUACAGGGUGUAUAACCUCUGCUCUGAGCGAACGUACGAUGCCAAGAAGUUUCACUCCGUUGCGCGCUUCCCUUUCGACGAUCACAACUGCCCCAUGUUUGAGGACAUUGAGAGCUUCUGUGAGGACGUCAAGCACUGGCUGAAGCAAGACGACGAAAACAUCGCCGUGAUUCACUGCAAGGCGGGCAAGGGGCGAACGGGUCUCAUGAUCUGCUGCUGGCUCCUGUACAAUGGAGAUUGGGAAGAUGCGGAUGGCGCGCUCAAGUACUACGCAGCCUAUCGCACAUGCAACCAAAAGGGAGUGACGAUACCCAGCCAGAUCCGCUACAUUCACUACUUCGAAAGGUGGCUACGGGAGGGGGCGCUGAACCUCCGCUCCUACUUCCUAACAGACAUCAUCUUCCACGGUGUUCCGAAAGGCGUUCAGGACCUGCGGUUCACUAUCUCAAAAGCGGUCAGGAAGAACGAAGGCGGUCGGACGAUCCACCUGGUGCCCCUGCUCCACGGCAAGAAGAAAAUCAAGAGCCUGAUCAAGGAGGCCAAAAAGCAGAGGGAAGAGGAGGGGACGGAGAAGGAGGCCGCCGAGGAGUCUCUGGGCGGUGAAGGAGGCGAGGAGCUCACGCGACUGGUCAUCUCCAUCAAGGAGUGGGUCAACGAGCUGCCCGUCUGCGGUGACAUCAAGAUCGAAUUCGACAAGGUGUUGCACUUUUGGGUCAACACUGCCUUCGCGACGGACAACAGGAUCAUCCUCCCCAAGGCCGAGAUCGACAAGGCCGCCAAGGACACCAAGGACAAGAUCUACCCUGCAAACUUCAAGAUCGAGCUUCGCUUCAAGGUGCCCGGCGGCGACAGCAGUGAGUUACCAGGUUCGACACCCAGAUCUAUUCCGGCCUCGCCCUGA